UCCCUUGCAGGUGUUGAGGACCACGAUGGCUGAACAACUCCUUCCCCAGGCGUUGUAUUUGAGCAAUAUGCGAAAAGCUGUGAAGAUAAGAGAGAGAACACCAGAAGAUAUUUUCAAACCUCCCAAUGGGAUAAUCCAUCAUUUUAAGACCAUGCACCGGUACACCCUGGAAAUGUUCAGAACUUGCCAAUUUUGUCCCCAGUUUCGUGAGAUCAUCCACAAAGCUCUCAUCGACAGGAACCUGCAAGCCUCACUGGAAAGCCAGAGGAAGCUCAACUGGUGUAGAGAGGUGCGGAAGCUCGUGGCUCUGAAGACCAAUGGGGAUGGGAACUGUCUGAUGCACGCUGCUUCUCAGUACAUGUGGGGCGUUCAGGACACGGACCUGGUCCUCAGGAAGGCGCUCUUCAGCACUCUCAGGGAGACCGACACGCGCAACUUCAGAUUCCGCUGGCAGCUGGACUCCCUCAAAUCUCAGGAAUUUGUAGAAACGGGGCUUUGCUAUGAUACAAGGAAUUGGAAUGAUGAAUGGGACAACCUGGUCAAGAUGGCGUCCACAGACACUCCAGGGGCCCGGGGCAGACUUCAGUACCACUCACUGGAGGAAAUCCACAUAUUUGUGCUGAGCAACAUUCUCAGAAGGCCAAUCAUUGUCAUUGCAGAUAAAAUGCUGAGAAGUUUGGAAUCUGGUUCAAACUUUGCCCCACUGAAGGUGGGCGGAAUCUAUCUGCCUCUCCAUUGGCCUGCCCAAGAAUGCUACAGAUACCCCAUCGUUCUAGGCUAUGACAGCCAACACUUUGUUCCCCUGGUGACCCUCAAGGACAGCGGGCCUGAAAUCCGGGCUGUUCCACUUGUUAAUAGAGACCGAGGGCGAUUUGAAGAUUUGAAAGUUCACUUCCUGACAGAUCCUGAAAAUGAGAUGAAGGAAAAGCUUUUGAAAGAGUACUUGAUGGUGAUAGAGAUCCCCGUGCAGGGUUGGGACCUCGGCACCACGCAUUUGAUUAAUGCUGCAAAGUUGGAUGAAGCUAACUUACCCAAAGAAAUCAAUUUGGUGGAUGACUACUUUGAACUUGUUCAGCAUGAGUACAAGAAGUGGCAGGAGAACAAAGAACAAGGACACAGAGAGAGGCACGCUCAGAACCCUCUGGAACCUUCCAUGCCCCAGCUUUCUCUCAUGGACGCAAAAUGUGAAACCCCCAACUGUCCUUUCUUCAUGUCGGUGAACACCCAGCCUUUAUGCCACGAGUGCUCUGAGAGGCGGCAGAAAACCCAGCAUAAACUCGGGAAGCUGAACACUAAGGCGGGCGCUGAGGCAGUCCCUGGCAUGGCUCUCGGGGCCUCCCGCGGCGAGGCCUGUGAGCCCUUGGCCUGGAGGCCUGAGGAGCCCAUGGAGGGACCCCACUCAGCCCCGCCGACGGCACCCAGCCUUUUCCUGUUCAGCGAGACCACCGCCAUGAAGUGCAGGAGCCCUGGCUGCCCGUUCACACUCAACGUGCAACACAAUGGAUUCUGUGAGCGUUGCCACAACGCCCGGCUGCUUAACACCAGCCACACCACGGACCCCACAAGGCAUUUGGACCCUGGUAAGUGCCGAGCUUGCCUCCAGGAAGCCACCAGGACCUUUAAUGGGAUCUGCAGUACUUGCUUCAAAAGGACUACGACAGAGUCCACCUCUAUCCUCGGCUCUAGUGUCCCUCCUUCCUGUCACCAGCGGUCCAAGUCGGAUCCCUCCCAGCUCAUCCAGAGUCUCUCCCCGCAUUCUUGCCACAGAGCUGGAAGCGAGGCCCCGGUAGGCUGCCUUUCCCAGGCUGCACGGACCCCCGAGGACAGGACUGGCACCAGCAAGUGCAGGAAGGCCGGCUGCAUGUAUUUCGGAACUCCAGAAAACAAGGGCUUCUGCACGCUGUGUUUCAUCGAGUACAGAGAAAACAAACACUUUGUCGCUGCCUCGGGGAAAGCCAGUCCCACCGCUUCCAGGUUCCAGAACACGGUCCCCUGCCUGGGGAGAGAAUGUGGUACCCUGGGAAGCACGAUGUUCGAGGGAUACUGCCAGAAGUGUUUCAUCGAAGCUCAGAAUCAGAGAUUUCAUGAAGCCAAACGGACUGAAGAGCAGCUGAGGUCGAGCCAGCGCCGAGACCUGUCUCGAGCUGCCCAGAGCUCGUCCAGGCCCAAGUGCACCCGGGCGUCCUGCAAGAACAUCCUGGCCUGCCGCAGCGAGGAACUGUGCAUGGAGUGCCAGCACCUGAGCCAGCGAGUGGCCCAGACUCCCCACCGAGGAGAGCCUGCUCCAGAAGAGCCCCCCAAGCAGCGCUGCCGAGCCCCCGCCUGCGAGCACUUUGGUAACGCCAAGUGCAAUGGCUACUGCAACGAAUGCUUUCAGUUCAAGCAGAUGUAUGGCUAA